AUGGGGAUUUGCAUAUCUUGUCUUCGGUCUGACGAUGAAAACGUCGAUCAGAAUGUUGAUGAAAACACACCAUUGAUGGCAGACAAUGAACAGAACCAGAAACAAACAGAAGAAGAGCUUCGUUUAGAGCUUCGGAACAAGGAGCUUAACAACAUCCUCAAUUCUGCAAACGAUCAUCUUAUAGAUUUGGGCUCUUUCAUACAACAGGAAUCACAGAGCUUUCAGCAACCAAUACCGUCUCAAUCAUUCCAGCAUGGCGAUACAGAACCUAGCACAGCAUCAUCGGUUGUAAUGGAGCAGCAGAAAUCUAUGCAACAGCCGCAAGCUGUCCAGGAUAUGACCAUGUCCAAUCUGAGUCACGUAACAACAAACACGGUGAAUGCUUCAAGUGAUAUUAUUAAAGUGGAAGUGGAAAGCCAACAACAUGCGAAGGAUGAGGUUGAUAGAAACUUGAAUGCGCUUAAGAGAAGACUAGGUCCUGAAAGACUUGAGAAGCUAACUGCCAUAGAUACAUCAAAAAUAGGUCCCUUAGUUGCUACAUUAGAGUAA